AUGCCGUUCACAAGAAUGGUCUGGAUACUUCUCCUUGUCGUAUCUCUGGUGGCCACAACAAUCUCCUACGCCAAAGGGGAGCACUCAGCCAGCUUUGUGGUUAAAGAAACUGUGUAUGGCAAAAUUAGAGGAUAUACACAAGAAGUCUUCCCACGAAGACCAGUGGAUAUAUUCCUAGGUGUACCCUAUGCCAGUCCACCCGUCGGGAAAUUACGGUUCGAGCCCCCUCAAGCCCUUCCGCAUUGGGAUGGAAUUAUCAACACGACAGAGUUAUCUCCCGCUUGUGCACAAUCUGACAGCGCCCUAGAGUAUCUACAAGCCCAUUACCCGGACUUCGAUUACCAGAGCGAGGACUGCUUGUAUCUUAACAUAUUUGCACCUCAGCUGCGUAAAGACUUUGCGUCGUUACCUGUGUUUGUGUUUGUUCACGGGGGAUCAAACGAUGCCGGCAUGGGUGGAAUGUUUGACGGGAGUAUCAUAGCUUCCUUUACAGAUAUCAUUCUGAUCACCUUCAACUAUCGCCUUGGAUCAAUUGGAUUUCUAAGCACGCGCGAUGAUGUACUUCCUGGGAACUACGGUCUGUUUGACCAGCUGGCGGCGCUCAGAUGGGUUCGUGACAACAUUCAUUUCUUCGGGGCGAUCCAGAACGGGUGA